AUGGGGAUAUGUUUCUAUGACGUCAUCAGCUGGCUCUUCAUUUCUUCCCUAAUUUCCACCGCGAUCUCGCAGAAAACCUGCUCCGAUCAGCAUAUUCACUGUGUUUUCUGGGCCAACCAAGGGGAAUGCGAGAAGAAUGCGGUCUGGAUGCUGCCGAAUUGUCAAAAGGCCUGCAAAAGUUGUGAUAUCGAAGUGACGACCCCCAAAUCCACCGACGGGAUCACGUUUGUCCCUCCAAUUGGUAAUUUCUAUUAGUGAAAAUUGUUUUGAUUUUGCUGGAAGAGUCAUUUGUAAUAUUAUUCUUUGGUUUUAGAAGUAACAAAGAAGACUCCAACGGAAACAGCGACCAAGAGGCCAAAGGAUGAUCAGUGUCCGGUUGUUCAGGUCAAGGAAGGUAAAAUCACAUAUUGUGUGAUGAUUUAAAGCGAACUAUUGCCUCUAAGAAUGUUGACAAAAACCUUACAUCAUCAGAAUAUGUUAUCUUACUAUUAAUUAAUGAUAUAAAAUUUGCAGUCCAAACCCGGUUUGUCCCCACGGAUCCCCAAUUCCGAACCCAAGCCCAACGUGGAUGUGCCAUUCCAAAUCAGCUAAAUAUCUGCUCCAGGAAUGUUUGUUACAACAAGGUCUAUCGAACUCUCGAUGGGUCUUGCAAUCAUCAUACCGAAGUCAUGAGGGUCAGCUAUUUUCGGAAUAAAAUUACGUUACAAUAUUAACUAUGAAUAUCCACUAUAAAAUCAAAAAAAAUUAUUUGCAGGGAGCCGCGUACACUCCAUAUCUCCGUCUUCUGGAUGCCAAUUAUGCCGAUGGCUUCUCGCAGAUGCAAAGUUGGUCAUUAAUUUUUACCAUUUGAUUACGUAGUCAUCAUGACUAAUAUAAUUUUUGAAAUGACUAAAGUCAUUUUCAGCUGCUGGCCUUCCCAACCCUAGAGCCGUCACGCAUCGUCUUCUCACGUCCACAGUAUCCCUUCAGACCUCUAAGAGUGCGUUCGUUACAGUAUUUGCCCAGUUUAUUAUGCAUGACAUCACCAAAAACACGUUGAUUAACGUCUGCCAAUGCGGAAUUCGGCGGCCAGAAUGUGCGAAUAUUGAGCCAGACGUUGGGGAUCGACGGUAAGUUGAUUUUACGGCCCUAUUAUUGGCAUAUACGCCUCUUUUUGACCUUAUAUUACCCUUGAUCUUCAGAAGAACUUGUGUCCCGGUUACGCGCUCCACUCCCAUGUGUAUGACCGGAGUCUCAGGUCGUCCAAGAAUCCCAGUAAACGAGAAUACGGCCUACAUUGACGGUUCGGCUGUCUAUGGAUCGGAUCCCACCACCGGGGAUAACAUCAGAGUGGGGGCCUUCAUGAGAACGCAGACCCUCAACAGAGAUGUGGUCCCCCCACUCUCCCAGGGCAUCAAUUUUGACACCGGAGACGAUCGAGCCAGCAUUUUUGUGGGCCUCUUGUCCAUGCAUUCUAUCUUUUUGAGGAUGCAUAAUCGGUGAGUGAGAAGAUGGAGGAUUACGCUAGCUGAGGUCGUGGAUAAGAACCAUCUUGUUCUUUUUAGUCUUGCUCAGCAACUCUCUCAAAUCAAUCCCAGAUGGAAUGUGGAUCGAGUUUACCAGGAGGUCAGGAAGAUUCAAGGAGCUGUCCUUCAGGCGAUCACUUACAACGAGCUAUUGCCAGCUGUAUUGGGCGGAAGGACCAGCCUUUUGGGAGAAUACUCUGGGUUUAAUGAGGAUGUGGACCCUGGAAUCGCUGCUGAAUUUGCUGGAGCAGCUGGGCGACAACAUGGAUUGGUUCAGGUUAGUUUUUUUAAUUUUUGAUUUCGGCUAUCUAGUUCAAUAUAAAAUGCUGACAAGUUAACCUUCGAAUUUUAGGAAUCGUAUCCUCUAGUCAACGACAACUUCCAAGUAGUCGGAACUUACACCACAGCUUCUCAAUCCGGCAAUUUUGACACUCUGCGCGAUCGAGGAGCCGCUUUAAUCCUUAGGGGAUAUGUGGCAUCUCCGACGAGGAAACCCGGCCGGGUCUCGACUACAAUGACCGAGUUUUUGUUCGGAGGACAGGCGGAUAUGGCGUCGAUUAAUAUCAUGAGAGGAAGAGAUUAUGGUCUCAGGACUUACAAUGAUUACAGAGUUAUGUGUGGAUUGCCCAAACUGAAGAGUUAUGAUGACUGGGCAGGUAAGGUUAUGAUGGUGAAAGGGUGUUGAAAGCUUGUAGUAAGGGGUUUAGAGCGUAUAAACGUUGUUCUAAUAGAGGUUAUUAUUUCUUUUACAUACGUUCUCUGGGUGGAAGGUUUGAAAAAGUCUGGAAAUAUUACUCUAUAUAGACAUUAUAUGUGUUGCAUAAUUUUGCCUUAUAUUUCAGAGGUUGCUGACCCAAAGGUCCGAGAACGCGUCUCCCAACUCUACCCCAACAUCAAUAAACUCGAACUUUACGUUGGCGGGAUCCUGGAGGAGCCUCGCCAAGGCUCCCUCCUCGGCCCCACCUUUUCUUGCAUCUGGGCCGAUCAGUUCCGACGAAUUCGAGAUGGCGAUAACUUUUUCUAUAAAAAGCCGGGAGUCUUUACGGAUGCCCAACAAGAGAGUAUUGACCAGAUUUCACUAGCCAGAAUCAUCUGUGAAACCACGGAGAUCAACCGAAUCCCGGAGAAUGUGUUCAACGUGGAUCAGACGGGGAAAACGGCGGUUCCUUGCAGCCAAAUCCCCUCAAUCGAUCUGAAGCUUUGGAAGGAAUGAAGGAGAAUAAAAAAAUGUAAGAGGAAAACCGCUUAUUUUGAGAUCUUUUUUUGUUUUAGACCAUUCUUUGGGAUUCCACAACAGGAGUAUCGACAAAAUGCCAUUUGA